UGUCAUGGAAAGCACCAAGCAUAAUUAGAUCAUUCAGCUUAGAAGUAGUAAUCCAGGGCUGCGGCUUUGAUGUAUACCUCGGCGAUGAUUCAGCGUAUUCAUGUACACUUACAUGCCCUGGCGAAACGUUCCCCGACGUUACCUCGGUGGUAUGUAAUGGUAUCAGAGGAUGCUGCGUUAAACAUCUUUACGGCACUAACACCAUGCAGCUUCAGUUUGUCCGGCAUACUAACGGAAGCUUCCCCAAGUACAGAGAAAUCAGCGUAAUUUCUAGAUCCAUGUUCCUUGGCUGGUCUGUUCAUGCUGACCAUCCACCGUGCAGCGAUGAAUUGCGUAACGAUAACAAUUAUGCAUGUGUUAGUAACAAUAGCAGCUGCGACGCCGAACCAAUUGAUGAGAACAUUUACUGGUACAGGUGCCGGUGUGAGUCAGAAUAUGCUGGCAACCCAUACAUACUGGAUGGCUGCUCCCAUGUCGAUUCAGCGUACUACUACAAUCCUGUUCCACGGAAGGUGAAUUGUAGUCGAUCAUGUGGAGACAUCAACGUCCCCUUUCCAUUCGGCCUAGAAGAAAGUUGUUCAGCAAGGACCCAGUUUCGUCUCAACUGCACAGACAUAGCAACCUCUACACUUCAGCUUGAUAGGAAUUAUCAAGUGUCACACAUCGAUAUUGAAAGAGGGAUCAUUGACAUUAAAUUGCUAGUUUUUUAUGACAUCCCAAUCUUUGAACUGGACCAUCGUGUCUACAGUAGCUUUAUGACUUCCGAAUCUAUGCACUGGACCAUCGACAAUCUUAGCUGCCUGCAGGCGCAGAAGAAUGUGUCUGCAUAUGGAUGUGUUAGCGUCAACAGUAUGUGCUUGGAUUUCAACGACUCAACCUAUAAGGUAUAUGAUGUACAAGAACAAUGGAAAUACAAGAACAAUGGUUAUCGGUGCCAGUGCAUGCAUGGCUUUCAUGGAAAUCCCUAUGUCCCAAACGGUUGCCAAGAUAUUGACGAGUGCAAAACUACACCUGGAAUCUGCAAAGAGCUAUUAUGCAAUAACACUGUGGGAAGCUACCAUUGCACCGAGUGCCCCGACAAAACAAAGUAUGAUACCGCAACAAUGCAGUGCAUUAAGGUCAAAAGACAGAGAGGUCUCCUGCUCGGCAUUGUCAUGGGCCUUAGUGCUGGCAUAGCAAUUCUACUACUUACCUUGAGUGCAAUAUUUCUUGUCCGUAAAUGGAGAAGAGACGUCCAAAAGCGACUGCGCAAGAAGCAUUUCCAAGACAACCAAGGCCUUCUACUAGAACAAUUGAUAUCAUCGGAGGAAAAUGCUAAGGACAUGACAAAGAUCUUCUCAUUGGAAGAGCUAGAGAAAAGCACAAACAAUUUUGACCACACACGUAUCCUGGGUCGUGGUGGCCACGGUAUGGUGUACAAAGGAAUCUUAUCUGAUCAACGUGUGGUGGCCAUAAAAAAAUCAGUAAUCAUCCAACAAAGUGAGAUCAAGCAAUUCAUCAAUGAGGUUGCCAUUCUUUCACAGAUAAACCAUCGAAAUAUCGUAAAACUUUUUGGAUGCUGCCUUGAAACAGAGGUACCUUUACUGGUAUAUGACUUUAUUCCAAAUGGUUCAUUAUUUCAAGCUCUUCAUUCUGCUUCAGACAGCAAUUUCACAUUGUCUUGGGAUGACUGCAUGAGAAUUGCAUGCGAAGCUGCAGGUGCACUUUGCUAUCUUCACUCUGCGGCUGCAGUAUCAGUCUUUCAUCGUGAUGUCAAGUCAUCUAAUAUACUACUUGAUGCAAAUUACACUGCAAAAGUUUCAGACUUUGGAGCUUCAAGGUUGGUUCCUAUUGAUCAAACUCACAUUGAUACAAAGGUACAAGGUACAUUUGGUUAUAUAGAUCCUGAAUACUACCAAACUACACAGCUAAAUGAAAAGAGUGACGUGUAUAGCUUUGGUAUGGUGCUUCUUGAACUGCUCCUAAGAAAGGAGCCCAUUUUUACGGAUGAGUUUGGGUCAAAGCAGAACUUGUUCAAUUACUUUCUGUCAGAAUUGAAGUCAAGGCCAAUCACAGAAAUAGUAGAUGCUCAUAUCCGCGAAGAAGCAACUGAACAAGAGAUUAAAAGUGUUGCAUCCCUCGCUGAGAUGUGCUUGAAACUUCGAGGGGAAGAGAGACCGACCAUGAAGCAAGUGGAGAUAACAUUGCACAACUUGCGAAUGGAAAGGUUGAAUUCAUUAUGCCAAGUUGCUCGAGGAAACAAUCAAGAGAUACAGCCGUUCAUAUAUUCAAGAGCUAAUGGUGGUGGUACUCCUUCGGUCCAUAGCCGAACAUGCUACAGUUUGGAGCAAGAGUUCAUAGCAUCUGCUGAGAUUCCCAGAUAAAUUUGCCUUUUGAUCCAUCUACUUGCAGAUUAUUGUUGUUAUCCAUGUACUCAUGUACACGUCUAGAGCUGUGAAGAGGAAGUGUUCUAUGAAACAUAUAUAAAGUCGGUUUCUUCAGGAUCACGCUUAUGCAGAACCAGAAGGAUAUCUGAACGUUUAUUCUUGAUAGGGUGUCACGAUCACAAGAUAAACCUGGUGUAACUAUAGUCGUGCACUACUACCUAGUCAGUCAUGUGCAAAGUGUUUUAGUAUUAACAGAUCGAAUAAUGCACGCUGCUGAGGCAUUGAUUUUCAUGAGAUCUAAUGAAUUGUGUGGCAUUGCCUUUCCUCCAUCCUGCAGCCCCAGAAUGUGGGUGUUGAAGCUGGCAUUUUUCCUUUAUGAUGUCGAUUCAAUAUGAUGCUUUGCUCUGAUUUCAAGCAUCUACAUAAUACUGUACUGUGCAGUGCAAUUGGUUGACAGCACUAGGAUUCAGCACCUGCUGACUUUCCAAGUGUUCGUUGCCCAACAUUGUAGAAUCUGAA